UUAUUAUUAUUAUUAUUAUUAUAAAUACUAUUAUUGUUUAGAUAGUAUUUAUUUUAUGCAUACGUAACUUGUGGGUGGUGAAUAUAGAACAAUAAAAUAGAAAUCCUAUAAAAACUCUGGUGACAACACUAACGACCAAGAUAUUCAUCAGCUUAAAAGAUCAACGUCAUAGUUACAAGUAACUGAAAAAAUAAUUACGAACAAAGAAUAGAAUAGAAUAACAUAAAUUGAUGGAUAUCGGCUAGCAGUGGAAUCAAGGAAUCGUGUUUCGUCAUAUUUGGGACUCCUCAGUUGGAUGUACCUUCAUCUCAGAGUUGAUAUUCACUAUGGGAUUCGAACCCAGUGCCCUUCGCUUUAAACGCUAUCGCGUUAUCCUUUAAUUUUUUAAGUUCUCAUCAACUGUCUACAAAUUAAAAUUACAACGAUUAAAAAUAGUUAUGUAACAUCGUGAUGAAAUAGUGAGGUUGUAAUUAAUUCAUUUUUAUACGAAAAAAAAUGUUGUGCAACCUACCAUGUCGAAUUGUUUUGAUUGUUAUGAACACUAUCAGCAUGAUUGUAGGGCUGGUACUGCUCAUACUUGGAGCCUUGAUGGUUUGGGGUCAAAGUGUUAUUCAAUCCUUGUUGAAUAAUUUCAUAACCAACCUAAUUAAUCAGUACAUUAAAGGAACUGAUAGUGGACAAAUUAAUGAAAUGGUCACAAGAAUACUGACGUCUACUUCUCCAGUUGGUAUGGCAGUUUUUAUACUAGGUGCUGUUUGUACAGGUAUCUCGUUGUUUGGUUAUUGUGGAGCCUGUUGUAAUAUGAAGAUAUUACUUUAUAUAUACGCAAUUUUAGUAGGAGCUUUGGCACUUGCUUUUCUGAUCACAUUCAGUGUGUACUUCUCUCGUAAAGAUGAGAUUGGAAACAGAGCAAUUGACCUAUUCGAGACAAGUGUCAAGAAUUAUCAAUCAAUGGCAGCAAAUACAAUUGACAGCUUAGUGGUUGGCUUAAUCUCACCUCCACUUCAAUGCUGUGGUGUGGAUAGUGGAGAAGACUUUAAAACUUCAACUAAUUUCUGGAAAAACGAUACUUACGGUGGUAAAACAUAUAGUAAUAUUGCAUAUCCUGUAGUAUGUUGCAAAUUGAAUCAAAAUUAUGCAAUUAUUGAUUCUACAUGUCCAGAUCAAUUUAAUGAAAAUAACAGUAAUUAUAAAACUGGUUGUAGAAGUCCAUUAAAAGAACUUUUCCUUAAAUAUAUGGACUAUGUAGCUUAUGGAUUAAUUGCGGCAUUUGUUAUAUUGUUGCUCGUUGUUAUAUUCACACUUUUAACCAUUUAUAUUGAUGUUAUCUGAACAAACAAAUAAACAACCAAACAAACUGACGAAAACGAAAUUAAAUGAAAUGGAAUUCAAUUGAUUACAGUUUGUUUAAAAAAUUAUCACCCAUUGUUUGUCUAUACUCGGUUAAGAGCUAAAUACUCAAAUAAAAAGUGAUUUCUUUUGUUGAACUUCGCCUUUAAAACAAAAUAAAUAUAAUGCCUUUGCAUAGUUGAUGUAUACAUCUAUGCUCUUUAUGUAUGUGUGGAUAUAGCUGACAGGUUAACUUUUCACACUUCCAAUCUCUUAAUAUGACGUUUUUUUAUAACCAUUAUUAUUCUUUGUAUCACUGCUGUUAGCAUAAUCAUUAUACACAUUAUAUAAUGUUAAGUAAUCAACAAUGUUUCUUUCCAUGAAUUCAUACUACCAUUAGUUAUUGUACUUUGAUCAUGUUUAAAUCCAAUGGAUGUAAUUUAUAUGACUAUUAUUAUUAUUAUUAUACAUUUUAAUUGAAACCAUUUAUUACAUAAAUAAACAAACAAUUCACCUCUUAUUGAUAAUGUUGUUGUAUUCAAUACAAUAUAUGUAAUAAGGUUACUUGUUCUUCAUUACAUAUAUAUAUAUAUUCUCUCUUUAUGGUGUCGGUAAAAUGGGAAAAGAAGUUUGUUACUAACUAAAUAUUUAUGUAAGCAGUUGAUAAAUAAAUAGACAUUUGAAUAUGAAAUAAUUUUGAUAUUUUGUUCUUUUUUAUUAUGUAUACUUGAAAUAUGACUAAUAGUGGGAUCCUGUCCGAAGUUUGUGGUGAUGAUGAUGUUCAGAAGGAUGAUAAAAGCUCCACGAUCAAACUAUCCAGCUGAGAGAAUAAAACUCCAUCAUAAUAGUUGGAUUCAGAAUGCCCUGGUGCGGCCGAGAGUGGGGAGAGUUCGC